AUUCAAACUGGUAUCGAAAGCAGAGUGGAGCUUGUGGAGAGUCAGAGCGCAGACAGCACGGAGACAGGAGGUAGAGACUGUACAGUACGCCCUUUUCAUAUUCCGUAUGAGCACAACGUCUUUAUUUGUGAAGAUGUGGACGGCUAUAGGGAAACUGCUGCUUUUACAUAUGAUACUCGUGGGCUUUCUGCUGGUGAAUGGAACUAAACCGGACUGUGAAAGCGGUCAGUUUCAGUGCAGGAACGGCAGAUGUAUCCCGACUCCAUGGAGAUGUGAUGAUGAUGAUGACUGCUCGGAUAACAGCGACGAGGAGAACUGCCCAAAAAAGACAUGUGCUACGACAGACUUUGCAUGUAAGAAUGGGCAGUGUGUCCCGGCUCGAUGGAGGUGUGACGGAGAACCAGAGUGUCCAGACGGUUCGGAUGAAGCAGACUCCACCUGCAGUGAGUACAGUCGGCAGACGUGUCCACCAGAGAAGUUUGACUGUGGUGGCUCGACAAGCAAGUGUGUGUCGUUGUCAUGGCGCUGCGAUGGUGAAAGGGACUGUGAAAAUGGAGCAGAUGAGGAGCAGUGUGCUGCAGAUGCCAAGGCUUGCCCUUCUAAAGAGUUCCAGUGCCGUAACCGUCUGUGUGUGGCUCCCACAUUCGUUUGUGACGGAGAUGAUGACUGCGGCGAUGGCAGCGAUGAGGAAAAGUGCACAGCGGCCACCGCCAGUACCUGCGGGCCGCACGAGUUCCGCUGUAACGACUCUGAGUGUAUCCCAGCGCCGUGGAGCUGCGACGGAGACCCCGACUGCAGAGACAAGUCGGACGAAUCUUUGGAGCGGUGCAGUCGUAGGACAGAGCCUCAAAAGCCCCAUUGCGCCGCGGGGGAGUUUCGGUGCAGGAGCGGAGAGUGCAUUCACCUUAACUGGAAAUGCGACGGGGAUGUAGACUGCAAGGACAAGUCUGAUGAGGCCAACUGUCCUGUGCUGACCUGCCGUCCUGAUGAGUUCCAGUGUGGCGAUGGAUCCUGCAUUCACGGCACUAAACAGUGUAACAAAGUGCACGACUGUCCAGAUUUCAGCGAUGAGGCUGGCUGCAUCAACAAAACCACCAAAUGUGAAGGUCCGCUGAAGUUCAUGUGUAAGAGCGGGGAGUGUAUUGAUAGCAGCAAAGUGUGCGACAGUAUCAAGGACUGCAAGGACUGGUCUGAUGAGCCUGUGAAGGAGUGUGGUCUGAAUGAAUGUGCCAUUAACAACGGCGGCUGCUCUCACAUAUGUAAGGACCGUCAGAUCGGCUAUGAGUGUGAAUGCCCUUCGGGCUACAAGCUCCUGGACAAGAAGACUUGUGGAGACAUAGAUGAAUGCGAGAACCCUGAUGCCUGCAGUCAAAUAUGUAUCAACCUCAAAGGCGACUACAAAUGUGAAUGCUACGAGGGCUACGAGAUGGACCCAGUUACAAAGACGUGUAAAGCAGUGGGUAAAAGCCCAUGUCUUAUGUUUACUAACCGGCAUGAGAUCCGCCGCAUAGACCUGGUGAAGAAGGACUAUACGCAGGUAGUGCCGACCCUGAAGAAUGCUGUGGCCCUAGAUGUGGACGUUACCACCAACAAGAUGUACUGGUGUGACCUUUACCAUCGCAAAAUCUUCAGCGCAUAUAUCAACAAAGCCAGCGAUACUUCUCAACAGAUCACGCUCAUAGACACUGCGCUACAUUCCCCAGAGGGCUUAGCAAUGGACUGGGUCCAUAAGAACAUCUACUGGACCGACUCUGGACACAAAACUAUCUCUGUCGCAACUGCCGAUGGCAAGAAGAGGAAGGUGUUGAUCGACACAGAGCUUGGCGAACCACGUGCCAUCGCCGUUGAUCCAAGACAAGGGUUCAUGUACUGGUCGGACUGGGGAACGCAGGCCAAGAUCGAGAAAGCCGGAAUGAAUGGGGUAGAUCGACAGGUUCUGGUUUCAGAGAGGAUCGAGUGGCCCAAUGGGAUUGCGCUUGAUCUAUCUAGUAGACGACUCUACUGGGUAGAUUCCAAGCUUCAUCUGAUUUCCAGUGUGGACCUGAAUGGAGACAACCGUAGAGUUUUGCUGUCCUCCAUGGAUCAUCUGGGACAUCCCUUCGCCCUGACUCUUUUUGAGGACCGUGUUUACUGGACGGACUUGGAGGAUGAGGCCAUCUACAGUGUGAAUCGACUGACAGGGCAUGAUGUGGCAAUGCUGGCUCAGGAUCUCAACAACCCACUGGAUGUGGUGGUGUUCCAUGAGCUCCGGCAGCCUAAAGCUCCAGAUACAUGCAACAUGGGGAGUUUGCCCAAUGGAGGCUGUGAAUACCUGUGCCUCAGAGCUCCUCAGAUCACAGACCACUCGCCCAAGUACACGUGUGCCUGCCCCGACAGCAUGGAACUGGGCCCGGACAUGCGCCGCUGUGUGACAGUCAAACCCAAAACAACAACUGCUGCAAGUACAACCAUUAUUUCAACAACACUAGAACCUUCUAUUACUGUGACUUCUACAACCACCACUCCAACUACAAGCACCAGUACCCCUGCAACCACCAGUACAUUCACUACAACCACACCUAAAACAGCAGCAUCAAGUACAACCACCACCAGCCCCAGCACAUCCACUCAUUCCAGAACACAUCAUUCCACCACCACACACUCCAUGGCCACUUCAACAAUGGUGACCACUCAGUCCAGCACUACAGCACCAUGGAAACAGCCAACCUCCACUCAGACGACAGCAGAUCACAAACAGACGUCUACAACCAUUGCCCACGGCAACAGCAUACAAGGGGCCAAUGCCAAUCUCUCUCAUCGAGCUGGCAGUGGAAAUGACCACUUCCUCCUUGGUAGCAAUAUAACUGUUGCAGUUCUGGGUAUUGUCAUUCCAAUAGUUCCUAUCCUUGCCACAGUGGUCAUCGGCCUGAUGUGUACCGGAGGAUACCUGGUGUGGCGCAACUGGAGGAGAAGGAAUACCAAGAGCAUGAACUUCGACAACCCCGUUUACCGCAAGACCACAGAGGACGAUGACGACGAAAUCCACAUCGGCCGCAGCGAGCAGAUCGGCCACGUCUACCCAGCAGUGAGUGGCAGUGCCAGACAGCCAUACCUAGCACUGCCACUGGGGGGCGGUAUCCCAGACCCGGCAGCUCAUUGGUACUCAGGGGCACCUAUGCUGUCCAGUGCGAAGUGAACAAAGGGAGCAAGGCAAUAGUAUAAAAACGAGGGUGGGGCUAAGACAAAAAUCCCUAAGAGAGGGCAUUAUGCUGCCUCUUUCCUCACUCAUAUUUAUACUCAUAAUUCACCACACAUUUUCAUUCAAAUGUAUGUUUAAUUAUUUAGUGUAUGGAUUACCAUGUGAAGUUUAAUUAGUUGACUGUUUCCCAUAGGCUGCAUUCUAAAUCACAUACUCUCUAAGUAGGUACUUUUUUUGAAGUAGUUAAAAAGUACCUUUUAUAUAGCAUGAAUGUGUGUAGUAUGAAUUUAAUCUGGACAUACUACAUUCGCCAUGUUGUCAUCAUGUUACCUACCAGCGUUCGCUGCUUAGCUUCACUGCCAUUCACAAAUCCUCUCUCAUGGGAUAAUAAAGUGUCCAUUUGAUGCACACUUCAGUAUCUCGCUUGAAGUAAUAGGUCAUCCGGGAACUUUUCGCUACUCUUUCUUGAAUACUGUAUUUCGGGCAUUCUACUCUUUUCGCAUACUGUUUUUCACCUACUGUAUAGUAGGGAAGUAUGCGAUUUCGGAUGCAGCCAUAGUCUUCGUUUUUUCGUGUUGUGUGUGUGUGUAAAGCUUUAAAUGCUUUCCAUGUUUGAAAGCUUUGAAAUUGUGCUCUCCCAUUAUCCCAUAGUUGUUGUUUUUUUAUUAUUAUUAAUUAAGUAUAAUUGCUUUAGGGAUGAGCAAUUAGCACCUUAACUGACUGGACAAUCUUUUAAUAUUUUAUAAUUUAUUUAUUUAUUGAGGUGUUUUGCUGUAUAUUUAUUUGGGUGAUGAAAUGAUUUAUUCAUAUAUUCACGUAAAUGUCGGCCUGGGCUGAAAUAGUAAACAGUUAGUCAGAUGGAGGGAUUAUAACAGUGUGUUUUAAGCUUCCUGUGCUACAGUCGGCAUGUCAAGCACAAGCAGAGAUAAAGACAUCAGUCGCGCGGCAGCAACGGGGCGGGCCGCCCCAGUGGCAUAACAGGAUUCUCUCCAGCGCCCCACACGUCGCACACUUCACAGUGUGUGUGUGUGUGGGGAUCUGCAUAUCGGAUGUUUCUCCUACUCCAUGGGCCUUCUCAUUCUUUUCUAUGUAUUUAUUUCUCUCCCUCUUUCUCUCAACACGUGUAACUGUUUUUUAUCUGCUCUCCGCAGCGCGUGGCGCUCAGUCCUGACGAUGAGGGAUUCCUCUGAGGGCGAUUCUCGCUCUUGCUCUCUCCUUCUCCAUCCCCGAAUCCAUGCGUCCUUUAGUCCUCCAUCUCUCCUUCCAUCGAGGAGAUCGCACGAGACAACGCAGCGAGGCACAAAGAGCCAAAAGGACACAAGAGCACUUGCUCUCCACAGCUGAGAGCUACAAACUGGGUUUGUUUUCUCGUAGUGUCUUUUUUAGCCCAUAAACCCUCAGUUGGGCAAUAAUCACUAGUUCUACAAUUAAACUACUAGCAUCAUUCCUGCUCUUUGUCAGUAGUAGUAGUAGUGCUGUUUAAUGAUGACUAACCUCAUAGCUCAUCACGUCAGUAGUCGCUAACACUCAGUGGCUCUCCCGCUGCGCUCGUGCUGUAGAUUUUUUUAAAAUAGAAAUAGUUUUAUUACUGGUUAAGCUGGUUUGAGUUGAACUGGCUUGCCCAUCACAGGGCAGAACCCAUUGGAGAGAAUUGUGGGCAAUCCACCUCAUCAGCAUGGGAGAUGUAUAGAAGUAAAAUAUGAAAAAGGAUGGAGAUGGGAUGAGGAAAAUUCAUAUUUGCAGACAUAAAACACACAAAUUCCACUAUGCAGCUGUUAUGCAUUCACAUAAUCUCACGAACAAAUAAUAUACCACAAGUAAACAAGUCUGUACUUUCCUGUACUCCAAAUACUUCCAAUGCCAUGACUACUGUUCCUUCAUGUCUUCCAUGGUCACUUAAAUUCAGAUUGGACCCUUCUAAAAGAUCUGCGGCCACUGUCUGGAGUUGAAGGGUUUCACCUCCCAACUUUGAGAGGCAAUAUAUAUUUCCCUAUUUAUUUAUUUCACCAGCAUUGGGGCUUCCGUUUUUCUCAAGUUUCUAAGACCAACUAAAAUCUUCCUGCCCAGGCACAUUUAUAUCCCCAAAACCUCAGCUCAGGACAUCCGUUGUUCUAAAAUAUUAUCAUUUAUCGCUACAAUCUGUGUGGCUUAUCACAAGCACACUAAUAGAUAUGGUACCCAGGGUUUGAUAAUGGCUAAAUUGCUGUUUGUUCAUAUCUACAGUCUAGAUCGCUCCCUCUCAGACAUGCAAAAACACGAACACACACUCCCUCUCCCAAACACAAGCGUGUCUUUUCCGCCCCUACAUUCGUCAUGCCUCGGGUAAAACUCUUUAGCAUUUAGCAUGCUGACAACAAGACACCGCCUGCCAUAUUGGGUGGCUUAAUGGUGUGAUAGAUUAGAGUCGUAGAUCAAAGCUUUGCUCCUCUGAACAGUCAUCUGUUCAGCGCAUGGCACAGGAAAUGAGGAGUCUGAAUAUAGGCUUCCUGUACAAACUCUCUCCAUGUGAUGAAUGAGUGCUUGGUUAUUUCUGUAUCACUGUCAGAGGGACACUGACUGAUUGGACAGAUGUUUAAAAAAACAGGUUUUGACCCACCUGGAUAUGCCUGUUGAUAAAAACCAUCAAACCAGCCACAGGUUUUUUGCUGGUCCUAGUUAGGCUAGUCAACUUUAAUGGUUUAAAGGGGAUUGAAUGAUUCAGAGCAGUGGUUAUCAAUCUUUUUCAGUCCUUCGUUCAAAGGGCCUCUAAUCUAAACUUAAAAAAUGUCAGUUUAAUUUGGUACUUUUAUUUUUAGCUUUUUUAGCAUUUGAAUUAAGAGUCAUUUUAAGACUCAAAUUGGGGCCCCACUGGAAGUUUGCCCUCUUGUGGGCCCCGUCCCCUGUUUGAGAUCCACUGAGAGUCAUCAACUUAAACCAGCUAAAAACCGUAGGCUGGAUUAAGAUUUUGCUUGGCAUAUAGCACUAGUCAUGCCCUUUAUUGGAGACUUCCGAAAGGCAUUGCUGGGUCCCUGAGACGCGUAUGUUUGGUUCUGGCCACAUUUGGUUCAUGUGGGUGGUCUCGCAUCUGGAGUGGUUCUUUGUUCUUGCCACCUUUGCUCCUCUCUGCUGUGAUGAGGCAUCUUAUGUGCAGCGCUUGUAAAACAUCCCUCCACAUUUCAAAGAAUCCUCCAUUAAGUCACUGUUUGUUUUCCAUUAGGAAUAGAGACAGUGUGGGAGGUUCGUUGCUCAGGCUUUUGUCUGUGAGGAUUAAAGAACUGCAGUUUCUUGUUCGUUCUCUGAAUACAGUGGACUAUCAGAUGGACUUGAGAUGUCUGACAUGAUUUGGAGAUAACAGGCCUGAUAUCAAUAUUAUAGUUAAUUUGAUGAAUCUUCAUUCAUCCUUAAUCAUUUCUCAUAUCAAACUGUUUAUACAGUGGAAAGUAUAAUUAAUAAUAAAUAGAUUUUAUAGAUUUUUUUUUUUUAUUUGAAGCGAUAACAUUUUUGAUUACUUUCACAUGUCACUUCUGAAAAUGUGGAACUGAAGUAUUUGAUUCGAAAAUCUCAGACUAGCAAUACAGGGUAAACAAACUGCUUCAUGUGCUUUUUCAGACUGUCAUGUCAUAAAUUAUUGUUUGAUCAUUAUCAACUUGGUCUCUUCAGAAAAAAAAGCCUUAAACCAGCCUAAUCUAGUUUGCUGGUCUUCUUAGGUCUGGUUUUCUGCUUUUAGAAGCAUUUUUUAGAGGAACUUACCACCUGGUUUAGACUGAAAGACUGGACACCAGGUUAGGGGACCAACUAAGAUGAGAAAAACAGCCUUAACUGGUUUUAGAUUAAUUUUGGACAUUAGCUGGUUAAGAUUGAAAGAGAAAGCUUGUCGACCAGCUGAACCAACUGGACAUCAGGAUGGAAGACCAACAUAGACCAGGAAAAACAGCCUAAACUGGUUUUAGUUGGGUUUUGAGCACAUGUCAGCUGGUCAGGCUGGGAGACCAGCUUGUUGGCCAACUAAACCAACUGGACACCAGCUUGGCCAGGCCAGGGGACCAACUAAGACCAGUAAAAACAGCCUAAAUAGGUCUUUGAAGGGUUUUGGGCACUUGUCAGUUGAUCAUGCUGGGAGACCAGCUUGCUAACCAGCUAAACCAACUAAAAACCAGCAUGACCAGACUGGAAGAACGGUUAAGACUAGCAAAUAAGCUUAGGCCGUUUUAAUCGUUUUUUAUUUUCUGAAGGGGCAUCAUGCACAUUUCUUUUUCCUGACCCCAACGUCAUCGUUGUUAUCAGGUGCUGCUCUAGAGUUAGCUCCAAAAAAAAAAAAAAAAGUGUUUUUAUGGAAACUUUGUUACAUUGAGGUUUCUACAGACUGAUCUCUUAGCAUAUUAUAAUUUAGAAUGUGUGGGACACAACAUUGAAAAAUACAUGCACGGUGUGGUCACAGAAGGUUCUAGAACAGGCUUUUAGACCCUUUGGAUUUUCUGCCUCUCUGUAGAUAACAAGCAGUACUUUGUGACCGUCGUCCAUCAUUCUUACUCUAUGCAUAUGUAACGGCGAGUCCUGCCUUCCUAUAGCACUGCAGGGACUCGUCACGCUGCUCCUUCACCCCACUCCACUGUGACUAACAUUCGUAAUGUCUGUAACUCCUCUUCAUCACUGUCUACCUGUCAUCCCCAUCAGCCCAACAAGUAGGACAUUGCUUUCGAAAGGGCUACCAUUCUUUUACAAUGGACGAUACACUGGACAAUACGCUGGAACCUCUCCUGGAACAGUGCUUCUUAGUUUGGUGGACUUGUAGAGCUGAACUGCUGUCUCUAAAUGGAUGAAUCGGGUCCUCCGCACCCAUGGUAACAUUCCCGUCUGUUCUCUUUGUGACCUGUGUAAAAAAAUGACCUCUAUUUUGGUUUCCCCCUAUGAGAUCAUGUUGACAUGAUGUAUAUUACUUGAAGAACUGUUCAAUUUUUUGUAUGGUUUGUAGGUGUUAAAUUUCAGGAGAGGGGAAGGAGGGCCUGUCAUUACUGUCAUUUGAGGAAACGUGUGUCCCGGUCAUUCCAUAGCUGUUUGGAGACAUUUUGUAUGCUGUUUGUUGCACAAACUUUUUCAAGAAGCCUUCUGCACUGUGUAAAUGAUUACAUAGGAUGGGGGAAGGGUGACCGUUGCAGUCCAAUGAGUUUGAAUCAUGAUUUGUAAAUAUGUUUUCAUACAGCGAAACUUUUGAUAAGGUUUUAAACAUUUCUUGUAAAAAGAAGAUGUGUAUAUUAGUCUCCUGGACGAAAAAGAGUGUAGACCAUACAUGGAUUUAUUUGUACUCAAGAGCACUGGAUUUCUUUACUACUUGAUUGUAACUAAAACUUAAUAAUCUGCCAAAGUGUUUUCUCUUCUUUUUUCUUUUUUUUUUCUCUUCCUCCUGGUCUGAAUUUUAUUUUUGCUUUUUAACUGUAAACAUUGCAGAAAUAGUGUUUAAUUUGUGUUUGUACAUUUAUUUAAUAGAUCAAUUAAAUUGUAAUUCUAUUUAAUAGGUUACACUCAGUGGUGAAAGAGAGGGUUAGUUUAAUUUAUUGGUGCCUUGUUUGUGUUCAUGUAUUUUUUCCAAUAAUGUCAAAUUUUGUUUGCUUUUCUCGUGUCUGUGUCAGUGGGUUGGAGGUGGUGGGAAUAGAGAGGGGGUUUUAACGUUAGCAAAAUUAUACUUACAUGGAAUAUCUGUACUGUAUGCCAAAAUGGUCUCACUCACGUUUCUAUGAAAUUCAAGUUGUUGAUAAAUAUCUAUAUAUUGAUAUAUUAAAUUGUUAAAAAUC